CCACUACCACCUCCACUACCACUACCACCUCCACUACCACCUCCACUACCACCUCCACUACCACUACCACUACCACCUCCACUACCACUACCAACUCCACUACCACCUCCACUACCACCUCCACUACCACCACCACCACCACUACCACCUCCACUACCACCACCACCUCCACUACCACCUCCACUACCACUACCACCUCCACUACCACCUCCACUACCACCUCCACUACCUCCACUACCACCUCCACUACCACUACCACCUCCACUACCACCUCCACCACCACCACCACCUCCACUACCACCUCCACUACCACCUCCACCUCCACUACCACCUCCACUACCACCUCCACUACCACUACCACCUCCACUACCACCUCCACUACCACUACCACCUCCACUACCACCUCCACUACCACCUCCACUACCAACUCCACUACCACCUCCACUACCAUCUCCACUACCACCUCCACUACCACAACCACCUCCACUACCACCUCCACUACCACCUCCACUACCACUACCACUACCACCUCCACUACCACUACCACCUCCACUACCACUACCACUACCACCACCACUACCACUACCACCUCCACUACCACCUCCACUACCACCUCCACUACCACCUCCACUACCAACUCCACUACCACCUCCACUACCAUCUCCACUACCACCUCCACUACCACAACCACCUCCACUACCACCUCCACCACCACCUCCACUACCACUACCACCUCCACUACCACCUCCACUACCACCUCCACUACCACUACCACUACCACCUCCACUACAACUACCAACUCCACUACCACCUCCACUACCACUACCACCUCCACUACCACAACCAUCUCCACUACCACCUCCACUACCACCUCCACCUCCACUACCACCUCCACUACCACCUCCACUACCACUACCACCUCCACUACCACCUCCACUACCACUACCACCUCCACUACCACCUCCACUACCACCUCCACUACCACCUCCACUACCACCUCCACUACCACCUCCACUACCACUACCACUACCACCUCCACUACCACCUCCACUACCACUACCACCUCCACUACCACCUCCACUACCACUACCACCUCCACUACCACUACCACCUCCACUACCACUACCACCUCCACUACCACCUCCACUACCACUACCACCUCCACUACCACCUCCACUACCACCUCCACCACCUCCACCACCACCACCACCACCUCCACCACCACUACCACCUCCACCACCUCCACCACCUCCACUACCACCUCCACCACCUCCACUACUACCACUACCACCACCACCUCCACUACUACCACUACCACCACCACUACCACCUCCACUACUACCACCUCCACCACCACCACCACCUCCACCACCACUACCACCUCCACCACCUCCACUACUACCAUCUCCACUACCACUACCACCUCCACUGCCAUCUCCACUACUACCACCUCCACCACCUCCACUACUACUACUACCACCUCCACUACCACUACCACCUCCACUACUACCACUACCACCUCCACUACUACCACCUCCACUACCACUACCACUACCACCACCUCCACCACCACUACCACCUCCACCACCUCCACCACCUCCACCUCCACCUCCACUACCACUACCACCUACACCACUACCACCUCCACCACCACCUCCACCACCACUACCACUACCACUACCACCUAUACUUCAAAACCCUCAGAGCUGCUGCCUCGUCAAUACACCCAGAGUCAUCAGAGCUGCUGCCUCGUCAAUACACCCAGAGCCCUCAGAGCUGCUGCCUCGUCAAUACACCCAGAGUCAUCAGAGCUGUUACCUCAUCAAUACACCCAGAGAGCCCUCAGAGCUGCUGCCUCAUCAAUACACCCAGAGAGCCCUCAGAGCUGCUGCCUCAUCAAUACACUCAGAGAGCCCUCAGAGCAGCUGCCUCAUCAAUACACCCAGAGAGCCCUCAGAGCUGCGGCCUCAUCAAUACACCCAGAGAGCCCUCAGAGCUGCUGCCUCAUCAAUACACCCAGAGAGCCCUCAGAGCUGCUGCCUCAUCAAUACACCCAGAGAGCCCUCAGAGCUGCUGCCUCAUCAAUACACCCAGAGAGCCCUCAGAGCUGCUGCCUCAUCAAUACACCCAGAGAGCCCUCAGAGCUGCUGCCUCAUCAAUACACCCAGAGAGCCCUCAGAGCUGCUGCCUCAUCAAUACACCCAGAGAGCCCUCAGAGCUGCUGCCUCAUCAAUACACCCAGAGAGCCCUCAGAGCUGCUGCCUCAUCAAUACACCCAGAGAGCCCUCAGAGCUGCUGCCUCAUCAAUACACUGAGAGAGCUCAGUUCAGAGCUGCUGCCUCAUCAAUACACCCAGAGAGCCCUCAGAGCUGCUGCCUCAUCCCAGAGAGCCCUCAGAGCUGCUGCCUCAUCAAUAGACCCAUGAGCCCUCAUGACUGCCUCAUCAAUACACCCAGAGAGCCCUCAGAGCUGCUGCCUCAUCUACACCCAAAGGCAUCAGAGCUGCUGCCUUAUAUUAAUACACCCAGAGAGCCCUCAGAGCUGCUGCCUCAUCAAUAG